AGGGGGUGCAGGCCGGCCAGCAGACAGGCAACAGGGCCGUACACACGCAGCCGUUUGAAUGCGGAGUGAGCUGUCAGGGCCCACAGGGGGACGGCUGUACCUACUCCGCCCUGCAGUACAGCAACAUGUUCACUCCUGUCAGCAACAGCAGCUGUCAGGGGGUACAGCAGAGCUACAGCUGCAGGACAGCAGGUGUGUUGAGUAGAGUGCUCAGCCCCCAGAGUCGCAGGUUCCACACAUCCUCGCACAGCUUCAGCUAUCCUCGCCGCCUUUGUACGUCUGCCCCUGAUAGUCAGGCAGGGAAACCCCACAUGUACAGUUGCAGGCACCUCUCCGCAGCAGCCCCUGCUGACCAGACCGGGAAACCCCCCAGCCAGCGGGAGCGGUUGAAGCGAGCUGUGCGGGACUACGGAUCGACGGUUGUCGUGUUUCAUAUCGGCAUCUCGCUGCUGUCACUGGGCGGCUUCUACCUCGCUGUGUCCAGUGGACUAGACAUGGUGGCCUUGCUGCACAAGCUUGGCGUCGGGAAGGCGAUCGCAGAGUCAGGUGUGGCGACGGGAGCGAGCACGUUUGUCAUCGCGUACGCCGUGCACAAAGUCUUCGCACCUGUCCGCAUCGGAAUCACCCUCACCUGCGUGCCUUUUGUUGUGCGCUACCUGCGGAACGUGGGCAUGCUCAGAUGAGGGCCUGUAUCAUAGAUGUACAUAAUUAAUAACUAUCCGGUAUGUAAGCAAUAAGCAAUGGCAGCAAAUUGAAAUUACCCAUAUUGUGUAGCAGGGUUUUUUCUAAACAGGGGAAUAAGGGAGCUGCUCCAUCAUAUCAAUUUUCGGAUAAUUUGAACCCUAAGUGGCUACAUACACAACAUAUAGUCUUUCUCAAAAUAAUCUUUUUCCAGUAAAGAUGUAAAAAUGAUACAACAAUGCAUUCUAGCAUUACAAACUGUGUUACUCUCAUUUAAAAAAAAACACCCCCUCGGUCACUAACUCUCUUGCCAUGCUUGCGAUCUGCUCCCUCACGCUAAAUUUUCCUAGAAAAAACCCUGUUGUAUAGGAUGGGCAGAUGUGAAUCUCAGUUGCUGUAUGUUUUCUGUUAAGUAUUACAAAGAUGUGUAUCAUUUCCAUUCUGAGAAAGAGUAGUAAUGAAACGUUUCUCAUUCGUAGUGAAAGGACAAGCAGUGUAAGGGAAAAGGUAAAGCAGUCAUAAUGCUUUGUCAAGGGAAACAGAAGUGUGAAUGUCAAACUUUGGUCACAGUUCUUUAAGAGGUUUUCUAAUUUGUUCUGUUCACAUAGGAAGCGAAGAAAGCCUCUGUAAUUAGAAAGGACCAAACUUCAAUAUGCCCAUCUGUUUAUGUUCUUGUGUAAAGUUGUUUUAAAAAGUUACUAUUC